CUGAAGAUGGCGGAAAAUGUGAAGGUGGUGUCUUCAUCUCUUGUUUGCGGCACUGCUUCAAAUUCAUUGUCAAGAUUAGAGCUUAAUCCAUGGGAUAUACGAGCAUUCCAAACAGUUCCUAUCCAAAGAUGCCUCAUAUUUCACAACCCUAAUUUUGAAUUUGAAUCCCUAAUCCAACAUCUCAAAAACUCACUCUCCCGCGCCCUAGACUUUUUCCCUCCGCUCGCCGGCCGCCUCGUCGCCACCCAACACGGAGACGGCAUGGCCAGUUUCUCCGUCGACUGCAAUAACGACGGAGCUGAGUUCAUUCACGCAAUCGCCCCUUCCAUCUCCGUCUCCGAGGUUAUCGACCCCCCGAGCUUCAUUCCAGAAGUCGUGUAUUCCUUUUUCCCGGCGAACGCCGGAUUCACCAAUUUCGAAGGAAUCUCGAAGCCUCUGGUGUCGGUGCAAGUCACCGAGCUAGCGGACGGCGUCGUCAUCGCCUGCUCCGCCAACCAUGUCGUCAUAGACGGCCCUUCUUUCUGGCAUUUCUUCACUUCCUGGUCGGAGAUCUCUCGCGGUUCAGAAUCGAUCUCGAAAUCUCCCGUGUUCGACCGCUCCAUCGCCGCCGAAGAUAAUAGGCGAAUCCAUCUCCCAACACUGGAGAAAAACCUAAUCGGACCAUCUCAAUUGCCACGGAAGGUAUUCCAUUUCAGCAAAGAGAAGCUAGGUGAACUGAAGGGGAAGGCGAAUUCCGAAAUGGAAACCGACAAAAUAUCUACUCUGCAAGCACUUCUGGCUCAUCUCUGGCGGAGCACAGUAGGCAGCUCGGAAGAUUCAACUACUCGAACUCUAGCACUGUUGAUUGGCGCGAGAAGCAGGCUGUCGUCUUUCUCAGACGCCUAUUUUGGGAACGCAUUCUUCCCCGUUGCAUUGGCGAUGAGCGGGAGCGAUCUAUGGAAGGGGGGAUUGGGCGGCACCGCGAUGAAGAUCAAUCAGCUGAUUGCUCAGACGAGUAAUGAAGCAAUCAGCCGAAACGCGGAGAAGAAGGUGGAGCCUCGCAUCAGGCGCGAGGGGGAAGAGAAAGUGGUGAUUCACGCAAUGGGGAGUGCUCCGCCUAUUGUCAUCACAAGUACUCCUCGACACAAUGUUUACGACUGCGAUUUCGGGUGGGGGAAGCCAAUUGCUAUGAGGAGUGGCUACACUUACAAGGUUGAGGGAUUGGUAGUGGUUUUUCCGGCGGCGGAUCCCGGCGGUAUGGACCUUGAAGUUUGCUUCGCUGAGCAGACGUUACAGACAAUGGAAGACUACUUAACUUCACACUAGUUCCCUCAUAUUUUCCAAAUUUCGAUUCUUGCUCUUUAUCUCAUUCUCAAUUUGUCUGCAAUUUGUACUCCCUUCGUCCGUCAUUAAAUGUUCCAUUUUUCCUUUUUCA